AAAAUAAAGAGAUACACAAAAAACUCGAAAUAAAUAUGGAAUCACCGGAGGAUAACAACGUUCGGCAACCACUGCUAAAUACUCCCACCAAAAAAGCAGCUGAUGAGGUGGAGAGAUUAUGCAUAGACGAUAUGUUACAGAGAUACUGCGGCGAGUUUGGUCGCUGGCAGAUGAAGCACUUCGUGCUGACGUGUCUUGCCUGGGCGCUAGAAGCGUUUCACACCAUGGUGAUGAUAUUUGCCGAUCAAGAACCGAACUGGAGGUGUGUCGGGUCGGAUUGUCCAGUCGGAUCUUCGUAUUGCGAUAUGGAUCCAGGUUCUUGGGAGUGGACAGAAGGCAAAGGAAGCUCCACGGUGUCGGAGUGGGGAUUGGUUUGCGGCGAGAAGUAUAAGAUCGGCCUUGUUCAAGCCCUCUUCUUUGCUGGUUGCAUGAUCGGCGCGGGAGUAUUCGGACACCUCUCGGACUCAAGGCUAGGAAGAAAAGGCUCACUAACAGUUGUCUGCAUCAUCAAUGCAAUCUUUGGUAUCGCGACAGCUUUCUCCCCAAACUACUGGGUCUACGUGGCUCUCAGAUUCUUAACCGGUUUCAGCACCGGUGGUGUCGGCUUAACCGCUUUUGUCCUAGCCACCGAACCGGUUGGACCGAGUAAACGCGGUGUAGCAGGAAUGUCAACGUUCUACUUCUUCUCCACUGGCAUUGCGCUUCUCUCGGGCAUAGCUUACGUUUUCAGGUCGUGGAGAGAGCUAUUUAUAGUGUCAUCACUACCCUCUCUCUUUUUCCUACUCAUCGUCAUCCCGUUUAUCUCCGAGUCCCCGAGGUGGUACCUCGUGAGAGGCAAAGUAGACGAGGCUAUGGAGCUGAUGCAUGCAAUAGCUAAAACUAACGGGCGUCACAUUCCAGCUGGUGUCACUCUUGUUCUAGAUGACGAGGAAGAUAACGACGAGACGAGGAACAAUGUGGUCGAAGGAUCGCUUAAAGACGUUUUACGUUCGCCUCUCACGAGGAUAAGACUUAUAUUAGCCAUUGCAAUAAGUUUCACGGUCUCGAUAGUAUACUAUGGACUAAGCCUCAACGUAGGCAACCUAAAGACCAAUCUCUACCUCAACGUCUUCCUCAACGCCGUCACGGAAAUGCCAGCUUUCGCCAUUACAGCGGUUUUGUUAGACCGGUACGGGAGGAAACCGUUAACUAUAGGGACACAGUGGUUCAGCUGCGCGUUCUGUAUAACCGGUUUCGUUGUAGGAGGUGUUGGUCCGUGGAAAACGGUUAGGAUGGUUUCAGGUGUGUUGGGGAUAUUUGGGAUGGCUGGAACGUAUAAUCUUUUGUUCAUAUAUAUAGCUGAGCUAUUUCCUACGGUGGUGAGGAACGCUGCGCUGGGUUGCGCGACUCAAGCGGCUCAAAUGGGAGCGAUUCUUGCACCGUUUGUGGUGGUUUUAGGGGAGGGUUUGCCAUUUGGGAUUUUUGCGGUUUGUGGGUUAGUGGGAGGUGGGCUUGCGUUUUACUUGCCGGAGACGUUGAAUAAGCCUAUGUAUGAUACGAUGUUUGGGAUGCAUGAAGCUGAGAGUAACAGUGGAAGAAGAGAUCAAGUGUGUUAAAGAAGUAAAAGAUUUAGAUAUGGAGACAUGGAGAUCUUAGGGGAAAAAGCGGGUUGUUUUGUUUGUAGUCUAACUUGUUUUGCUCUCUUCAUGUUUAAGUGUUGUGAUUUUGCAUACAAGUCAGUUGGUUUUGAAUGGUGAAACGCUUUUACCAAAUUAGAGCUGAUUUUGUGACCCUUUAAUGCGCUAGGCAUAUAAUUUCUCUAAGAAAUAAACACUCAAAAGUAUAACCUCAAUUAAUAUCUA